GAAGAAGAAAAGAGGGAGCGAAACAUGAGAGUCGGUGUGAGGAGCUGCAGCCGCGGGCAGAGGAGAUCUCAGCAUCAUCUAAAUCCCAGCGCUGCCUCCGCCUCCGCUGCUGCCGCCGCUGCUGCUGCUGCUGUUGCCGCUGCCGCUGGAGCCGUCGCUGCUGCCACUGCUACCGCUGCUGCUGCUGCUGUUGCUGCUCCUCCGGUCCCACCUCCGCACCUCCCGUUACGUGGACAACAAGUGAAUCGCCGCUGUUGCCCCCGCUGCUGCCCCCGACGCCUUGUCCUCAUCUUUCUACUCCUCUUCCUCCCACUUCCAGGCUGCACCCGAAACCCCCUAACUCAGUCUCUGACACUGGCACCACCACGGAGAGCGUCCCUGGCACAAAUUAAACUCAGUCCCCAUCCUUGGGCUCCCACAGAGCAUUGGUCCCCUUUUCUCGGUGCUUUUUUAAACUUGUUACCAAAUUGCCCGUGUCCCUCCACCUCACUGCCUCCCUUGGCCUUUUUGCCAGCCUCGCAGCCCCCGUCGCCCUCUCUCCUCCUCCAGGGGCUGUGUGGCAGGGCACUGUGGGGAGCAGUCUUUUUUCUCCUCCACACGCGUCUCCCCCUCCUCCUCCUCGUCCUGCUGCUGGGCAGAUGAUGCUGAAGAUGCUGUCCUUUAAGUUGCUGCUCGUAGCUGUGGCUCUGGGCUUCUUCGAAGGAGAUGCCAAGUUUGGAGAAAGGAACGAAGGGACUGGUGCGCGGAGGAGAAGGUGUCUGAAUGGGAACCCACCAAAGCGGCUGAAAAGGAGGGAUAGGAGGAUGAUGUCCCAGCUGGAAUCCCUAAGCGGGCCAGAAGCGGUCUGUGGUGCUUUCUACCCUCGGCUCUCCUGCUGUUCCAGGAUUGACAGUCAGUCCCUGCUGCACAUGGAAUCCAAGAUAUUUUCUGUUACCAACAACACAGAAUGUGUGAAACUUCUGGAGGAAAUCAGAUGUGCCCACUGCUCACCACAUUCUCAGAAUCUAUUCCAUUCACCGGAGAGAGUAGAAGCUUCUGAAAGGGAGCUAGCAUUGCCCUUGCUGUGCGAAGAUUAUUGCAAAGAAUUCUAUUACACAUGUAGAGGCCACAUUCCAGGUUUCCUUCAAACUGCAGCUGAUGAAUUUUGCUUUUACUACGCAAGAAAAGAUGGUGGGUUGUGCUUUCCAGAUUUUCCAAGAAAACAAGUGAGAGGCCCAACAUCUAACUAUUUGGACCAGAUGGAAGAAUAUGACAAAGUGGACGAGAUCAGCAGAAAGCAUAAACACAGCUGCUUCUGUGCCCAGGAAAUCGUGAGUGGGUUGAGGCAGCCUGUCGGAGCCCUGCACUGUGGGGAUGGCUCCCAACGUCUCUUCAUCCUUGAAAAGGAAGGCUAUGUGAAAAUAUUCACCCCAGAAGGAGAAAUUCUCAAGGAGCCUUUCUUGGACAUACACAAACUUGUUCAGAGUGGAAUAAAGGGAGGAGAUGAAAGAGGACUGCUAAGCCUUGCAUUCCAUCCCAAUUACAAGAAAAAUGGAAAGCUGUAUGUGUCUUAUACCACCAACCAAGAACGAUGGGCCAUCGGACCUCAUGACCACAUUCUUAGGGUUGUGGAAUAUACGGUGUCCAGAAAAAACCCCCAGCAAGUUGAUGUGAGAACAGCCCGAGUGUUCCUGGAGGUAGCAGAGUUACAUAGGAAGCAUCUAGGAGGACAGCUUUUGUUUGGUCCAGAUGGCUUUUUGUACAUCUUCCUUGGGGAUGGGAUGAUCACCCUGGAUGACAUGGAAGAAAUGGAUGGUUUAAGUGAUUUUACAGGGUCAGUGUUACGGCUGGAUGUAGAUACUGACAUGUGCAAUGUGCCUUACUCCAUACCGAAGAGCAAUCCUCACUUUAACAGUACCAAUCAGCCUCCCGAAGUAUUUGCACAUGGGCUCCACAAUCCAGGCAGAUGUGCAGUGGAUCGACACCCCAUAGAUGUCAAUAUCAACUUAACAAUACUUUGCUCAGAUUCCAAUGGGAAGAACAGGUCAUCAGCCAGAAUCCUACAGAUCAUAAAGGGGAAAGAUUAUGAAAGUGAGCCAUCUCUCCUAGAAUUCAAGCCAUUCAGUAAUGGGCCCUUGGUUGGUGGAUUUGUUUACCGAGGGUGCCAGUCUGAAAGACUCUAUGGAAGUUACGUGUUUGGAGACCGCAACGGAAAUUUUCUAACUCUCCAGCAGAGCCCAGGAACCAAACAGUGGCAAGAAAAACCUCUGUGUCUCGGGAAUGGUGGCUCUUGUAGAGGCUUUUUUUCAGGUCACAUCUUAGGAUUUGGAGAAGAUGAAUUAGGUGAGGUGUAUAUUUUAUCAAGUAGUAAAAGCAUGACCCAGACUCACAAUGGAAAACUCUACAAAAUCGUGGAUCCCAAAAGACCUUUAAUGCCUGAAGAAUGCAGAACCAGCAUUCAGCCUGUACAGCCCCUGACAUCGGAAUGCUCUCGGCUUUGUCGAAAUGGCUACUGUACUCCUACUGGAAGAUGCUGCUGUAGUCCAGGUUGGGAGGGUGACUUCUGCAGAAUUGCAAAAUGUGAACCAGCCUGUCGCCACGGAGGAGUUUGCAUUAGACCAAACAAGUGCCUAUGUAAAAAAGGAUACCUGGGACCUCAAUGUGAGCAACUGGAUAGAAACAUCCGCAGAGUGACCAGGGCAGACAUCACCUAGAUGAAACCGCUUUACCAUGUCCUGUAAAAUACUAAAGUUACAUUUUUCACCAACUUAAUUGGAAUGACGGGGAGUGAGAGAGCAAACACACUCUUUAAUGUGCUGUGGAUCUAAGAUAGCCAUGUGUCCUUGUGUCAACAUGUAAUCACUUACGACGGGAUGAAAAAAAGCAAGAAAACAACCAGUCAUUAUAAAAUUCCAGCAUUAAACAUUUGUAAAGUGCUUUUCACCAUAGCAGGACUGGCCAGAUUGUAUGGGAUUAGAACGGUGCCGAUUUCACACCACAUGGAACUCUCCUGGAGAAGAGCUUCUCCUGCACCAGUCUUGGAAAGCUCUUUACAUAACGAAUACUUGCCAAAUAUGACUUUUAAUGUAAGUGUCCCUCCAGGAUGCCAUGGAAACCUUCACUUUGGUUAAUGUAUCAAUAAAUCUUCUGUAAAUGUAUUGUUCAGAUUUUUAAAGAAAUGAAAUACUCUAAUUUAAACCUGAGAAAGACAUCCUCUGACUGACUGGUUGGCUUUGUCUUUGUGGUUUUAAAUGGGCAAUUUGCCACGUUUGGAUUGUACUAGUAAUUAAAUUAGGUUUCUUUGCACUACUGAAAAAGAGAUCUACUCCUGAUGAGCACACAUCCACCUUGGUGUUCCUUAUAAACACCUGUUCCUUCUGAGUCCUGGGUACAGUAUUGUACACCAGGCAGUGCAGACUGGCUUUUCAAAAGUGUUCCAUUUCUCACCUUUAGAAAAAUAAGCCUUGAUUGGGGUGCAGAAGGGGUGGUGCUGGAGGAGGCGGGGAGAGUGAGGAACCGUAUCUUAGUAGGCAGUAUUUCUCUGUUGUUUUAAAGUGAGAGCUUUGUAAUUAAAGCCAGCAAGCAUUUAUAAGUAGACCACAAUGCAAAAGGAUGCGUUAAGUCCACCGCAUUUGUCUUCCAUAUAUGAUUGCUUCAGUUUCCAAUGACCUCAUGGCAAAUGGAAAUUGGUUGAGAAAUCUUGGUCCAGUGCUUCGUGAACAAUACCCUGCAUUAAAAAGUGCAUGCAUAAUUUUGCACGAUUUCGAUUCAAUUGACAGUCUAUUCAAAGAAGUCUUGGGAUUAAAUGAGCAUGGAGACCAAAUUGCCCUCUUCCCCCAGAAAAGGGGUGGUCCCUGCUAGGCCCACUACCACUUCAUUGGCCCAAUGGUGUGACAAAUCUUGCAAUGAACCCUGCAGUGGCUUGCAUCUGUAGGUUAAGAGCAGUCUUUUGUCUCCAUUGCUUUUUCUUCCUGGCCCCUGUGCUAAAUUCCAUCACAAAAAAAGUUUGACAAUUAAGAAAAUAUCCUGACAACCAUUUUUUUGUAAAUUGACCUUACCACCUAAUCUUCCCCUAGUCAACGUGGGUGACAUUAACAAAAUGUGAACUUCUUGUGAAUAAACCAGCUGUCGAAAUCUGUCAAAUCAUGCAGUUUUAUUACAUGUUAAACUCUUCGUAGUUUCUGAAAAAAAAAAAAAGCACAAUAGGGACACUGCCAUAUUUUCAGCAAACUUGGAACCAUUCAAAUGUUUUUCUUUCUUCAAAAAGAUAUCAUUUGGCCAGCACCUGUGUCAGUUAAAUUGCCAUCAAAUGAAGGGAAUUUCUUUUUUCCAAGGUGAAAGAGUUCCAAAUAGCUUUAGAAAUCCUCAUAAGCCCCUGUUGUCACUGCCUUACUUGCUGUGGGUUUUCAGAAUAGAAGAUGAAACUCUAAAAGAAAGAUAGGCCCUGCGUCUCAUGGACUUCAAACUCAAACACACUAUAAGGUCCCUGGGGCCUCUUUUUGUUCAUGUGGAGGAGAUAUCAAAAACGAAUUCAUGACCAGAAUUUUAAACUUGACACUCCGUUUUUUAAAAAAUCCAAUUGACAUUCCUUUCAGAGCAACUUUUUAUAUACAGCUCUAAGAAAUCUUCUCAUUUGCCUUACAGUAGGAAACAGGAAGGAGGUAGUUAAAAAAUAUGUUAUAAAAAUGUAAUACUUUUAGUACAUAUAAGUCAAUCAUCAUUUAGCUCCCGCAGCUCAUGUCUAAAAUACAAAUGAGGAAAUAUCUACCAAUGAAGAAAAAAAUGCAUAAAAAUCAUUAUAUAGCAAACACUCGUUUCUCCCAAGUCACUAGCUUAAACUUAAAAUAAGUUUAACAUGAGGAUCUGAGAUUGCACACACCCAGGGUGGAAAAAAAUUCCAGACUUUUCUACCAUCCCAUUGCCCUUCAGCCCUCCCAUUCUGAAAACCUAAACUGCCAGUCUAUGAAAACUUUACUCUGAGCUAACACACAUUAUCAGUCCUCUUCACGUGCAUUGGAAGUAUUAUUUCCAGUCACUUCUUUCUUUACUCUUUCCCACUUGAAAAACCAAAAUUCAUGGUAAUAAGAUGAUUAAACUAAUAAUUACCCAAUACUUAAGAUAUCUCUUUACUCCAUCUAUUCUUAAUAAUAUUUGCGGCAGUGUACAAUGAGCUGUCUGUUCAGUCUUGUGAAAUAUACAUUAGUUUGUGUAUUUGUCCCAUUAAGCCAAGAGCCUUUUUGGGUCAUGGACCCUGUUGGUGGUCUGGUGAAGUCUACCAAUCCCUACACAAAAAGCUGUUUUUAAAUGCAUAAAACAAGAUAAACUGAAUUACAAAAGAGAGCAGUUAUAUUAAAAUACAGUGACCAAAAGUUUUUCCCAAAAUAAGCUCACAGACUCCAGAUUAAGAACCCCUGCACUAAACCGACUUUUAAAAAUUGAAGUGAUUGUCUUUGGCCUGUGUCAAAAGAAAAGAAAACUAAAACCAAAGUAGGAAUAAAGAGACCAGUACCAGUACCAGUGAGCUAUAGUCAUCCCAUGAUCAACAAACCAAUUCAGCAGCUAGUCAUUGCUAGCCACAGGCAGAACGCUACUAAUGAUUUCUUCUUCUCUUUCUUGCCUUCAUUCAUCCUUUCCUCAUCCUCUUCUCUGUUGUCUAUCUCUAGUGGUUUGGACUAAAUAGACAUUAUCUCACAGCAUCCACAGUUAUAGAAUCUCAAGCAAGUGGCCCAAGCUUUUGCUACAUCUAGUCUCAUUCAACAUUUUCACUGUGAACUAUCUCAUUGGUGAUGUCAAGUUCAACAUUCCCAAGUCAUAUUCUUCCUAAUGAAGGACAGCAGUCAAAUGUCUACCAAACAGGCUAAGCCAUUGUAGCCAUUCAAGCUUAGGGAGUAAAAUGGCGUCUUGAUGCCCCAGCCCAACUGGUCAUAUCAGGAGAGCAAUAUUCUCUAGGUCAAGGGCAGUAGUCUCAAAUGUUCUAUUUAUAGAGGAUAGGGUUCAGCUGGGGUGAGCUAGAGAAAGGAAAGUUAACAGCUGUUUCCCACCAAAGUAGCAGCUGUCACAUAGGAGUCAAUCUUAAAAAAAAAUAUGGUUCCAAGGCAUGACCAUUACAAGGAGAAGAAGGAGACAAGAGUGUUUCUUUAAUAGGGGCUCCAUCCUUUAGCCUCAUUGGGAAUUACACAGGCAUCUAGAGUGGGGGAGCAGAGAGAGGUACACACUCAAGUACAUCAGUGAACUCCAGUACUAAUGAGGACAACCCUGAGAAUCUGAGAGUGCUGUCAUAAAUUACUGUAAGAGUUAAGAAGCAUCCCUGUCAAUUAAGCUAGAGGAGAAAGAAGAAACAAAAGCACUUCACUUCAUCUUCUUCCUUUGCCUUUCACACACAAACUAGUCACACAGGUAAUAAUAAAUAAGACCUGGAGAAGAGCAAGCAAUGCUAAAGACAAUUGAAAGGGAAUGUAUUUUUGGCUAUUAUGCCAUGAAAAGGGGUCACCGUGCCUUCCAACAAUCCUCCAAUUCUUCUAAGUUUAUUUUUUCAAAGCUUUCCUCAUGCCCAUUUAAUGAAACUCAUACAAGGCUGUUUAAAAGGAAAAGGUUUAGUCCAAAGGGUCCAACCAGAGACAGAUCAAUUGACAUUCUAGGCUGGAUAUAUCCAGUUAUCAGUCUCAUGGCUCUUAAAAUGAAAUUUCUCUUCUAAGAAGAAAUGUCAACAUAUCUUUAUUUAGUCUCAUUUCCUAUAACUUAAAAAAAAGUGUGGUAUUGAGAGCAUAGUUACAGAAACAUAGUCAAAGAAGAAUGGUCCUAUUUUAUCAACAUAACCCACAGUGCCUACCAUCUUUACCUAGGCAGAAUUAACUUCUGCCAAAAAGAUGUGUCAGACCUGUCAUGAGCUGUGAAGGUUGGCAUAUGAUUAAUGCAUUUUUUUCUUUGCGUAGGAGGAAGAGUGAUAUGUCACUAACUUCCAAAAUGUGUGUGUACAUAUAUAGGCAGAGUAUACCUAAGAGACAAUAUAUAAGCAGUAAACAUUCUCCACUCUACAAUAGUUUUUUCUUCAGAAAGCAUGAGUAGCAAUGUUGGGAUGGGGAAAGCGGUGAAUUUUGUUAUGACCCAGUAGUAAAUUUCCCACAUCUUGCUAAGCCAAGGGUUGAAGUAGGAGGCUCAAAAUGACUUAGGUAAGAGGUUAAUUUCUCUCUCCACAUGUGGAGAACUGCACCCUUUAUUUUGUUUUCUCCUAUUCCAUUUAGUAAUAAUCAGAUAGUGCUGUCCUGCUCUGAAAAGGAGUGUUGAUCCGAUUCCAAUUUCUGCCAUAAAAUGCACUUUUCAAUUUGGGCAGUCAGAUGUGUCAUUAAUCCAACAGUUUUCAGCCAUACAAUUCUUGGGAUAAAUGAUGAUUGUUAGGCAGCAGAACCCUUUUAUAAGACUACUUACUAGAGCCAGACCCACACCCAGACUAUAGGCUUCAAUAGAUAAUUAUGUUUUAAGGGACAAUCUGUCCUAUGGGGUAUUCAGAGUUAUAUGAUAAGAGGGUUAUCGAAUGGGGUUCUACUGUAUUAUUCUUUUCUAUCAAUGUGACAUUUGACCAUUCAGUUAUUAGGUUAUUGUGUUAAAAAAAUUAAAAAGCACCAUCACAAAAUGUGAUGAGGAUUAAUAAAUAUAUAAAAUGUGAGUAUCACAGGAAUAUCACUUGAUCCUCCUGGCUUCCUUCAUUGCCAAUAGAUUUGUUGCUCUACCACUGAAUCAUGAGAUGAUUGUUUCAUAGCUCUUCUAGCAUACUUCCUCACUUUUUAAACUCUCUUUUGGGUAAACAGAGUUGGUGAGAAUAGUCUCCCUGGACUCUUUUUUGCCAGAAGCUAUCGUUACUGAUCCAUGUUAACAUCUUUGUCAGUAAAGGGCAGACAGCUGUGGCAACAAGCUGAGAAGGCAGGUGCAUGUUGAAGGGAUCAAGGUUCACACAUUUGAGGUUGCUACAACUUUUUUUGGCAAAGAACCCCACAGUUUCAUUAGUACAGUUUCUUCCUCUGUAUUCCAAGCUAACUGAUUAGUUUUAACUAAGGAAAAGUAGUGUGCAGAAUAUGCCCUAAAACAGCAUUCAUUCAUUCGUUCAUUCAAUAGAUGUUUCUUAAGUGCCUAGUAUGGACAUGGCAUUGGGCAAAGCCCAAUAGGGGAGAUGAAGAGGUUUGAAGAUCAUGGAAGCUGGGGUCUCUAUGCUCAAAGGUCCAUUGGGAAAGAUGGCGAAUAUUACACCCAACUAUCUCCACAUUAGCUCUAUAUCAGCAUUCAGCAAGAACAGUACAUACUGCAUACAGUACAUCAGUGUGGAUUUGUAUGCAGACGCACACCCAUGUAUAUGUAUGUAUUUAUCUACCUGUACAAACACUAUAUAUGUAUACACACUAUCUAUGUAAUAUAUAUGUAUAAUGCAUAUAAAUUCUAACAAGUAUAUUUGUGUUAUCUGGAAAAUGGAACAGUUGUAUCUUGAAGUGGUAAAUGCAGAGAACUGGUUUUAUUGUUGAUCUGUGGAUUUAAUGAUUUCUAGACAAAAAAAGGAUGUUUAAGUGUAUAAUUUCUUUCAUUAAUUUAAUAUAUUUAUGUAAACGCAUGCCUGGAAUUCUGGUUAGAGUGGUGAUGUUCUGUUGUCCUGAUAAAAUGUAUUAAACUUUUAUCUUAUGAGCUAAUGUA